AUGGUGAAUGCCAGGAAGAUUGACAAAUAUAAAAGGAUACUGGGAUAUCAAUCUUGUUUUUCAAAUUGUGACAACAAGAUUUGGAUAUUUUGGUCCUCUGACUAUGUGAUAGAGAUUCUGGAGGAUAGAGAACAAUACGUUCUCUUGCCGAUUUCUAACUCUGUAGGUACUCAACCCUUUUACAUUUCUGCUGUCUAUGCAAAGUGUGAUGAGACUUUGAGAUGUCGCUUAUGGGAGGAGAUUAGAGAUGUAGCCAGUUGGUUAAUGGUCCAUGUGGGGGUGGUGGGUGACUUUAAUGUUGUUUUAUGUGAGGAGGAGAAGAAAGGAGGAAGACCUUUCAGAGUUGAAGACAGUUUAGAUUUUAUGGCUUGUUUGUCUCACUGUGGACUUCAGGAUGCUAGAUAUUGUGGCUCUCAGUUCACCUGGAGUGACAACAGGGAUCCUCCUAAUACUAUUUGGGAGAGGUUGGACUGGCUGAAGCUUAAGAAAGUGUGCUCUACUCUCAGUGCUUGGUCUAGACAAGCUUUUGGUGAUAUAUAUGAAGAACCAAAGAUGCUUAAAUCUCUCAUAAGAAGUUUGGAUGAGGCAGUGAUCUCUGAUCCAUCUCCUGAAUGCAGAAUGCACUUAUCUAAAGCAAGAGCGGAAUUUACCAGAUUUUUGAAGUUGCAAGACUCAAUUCUAAGGCAGAAGGAAAAAGUUAAAUGGUUGACAGAGGGUGAUGAUAACACAACUUUCUUUCAUGUUGUAAUCAAGGAUAGAAAGAAGAAAUUAAACAUCCAAAGGAUCAGAGAUGAUAAUGACAAUCUUAUGGAAGGUAUGAAAGGCGUGGUAGGGACAACAAUAAGAUUCUUUCAACAACUAUUUGGUGCUGAAAUAACCAUUGAAGAUCUUACCAUGCUGGAUAUGGUGAAGAGAACUGUUACUAAAGAGGAUAAUGCUUUUUCUCACUGA